AUGUACCGUAAGCGCCAUCGCGAAUUAAAAACGAAAACAGGAGCCAGAAGGGGGUGGAUGGAAAGCAAAUCCAAGGGGGCAAGUCGUAAAGGCGAGGGGCACACCACCAAUCUACGACGAGGCUUUCCAGAUCGGGAAAGCAAAUCCGAGGGGUACACAAAUCCACAACGAAGCAUUCCAGAUCGGGAGAGCAAAAGUGAGGGGCACAUCACCAAUCCACGACGAGGCUUUCCAGAUCGGGAAAGCAAAUCCGAGGAGUUCACCAAUUCAGAUCGGGAAAGCAAAAGCGAGGGGCACACCACAAAUCCACGACGAGGCAGUUCAGAUCGGGAAACCUACUACAGAGAAGCAAAAGCAAGGGAAGGAAAAGUGGAACGGGAAAAGGAAGCACGAAGAAGAAGGCAAAGCGUGAUUUGUUCAUCCUCCCACAUCACGAUUACGAGCACCCCUGCCGAAGCGCCGACUGUCGCUGCAGUUCCAGCGGAAACCGAAGAUGUGACACCACCGGCAUCCAUGCCUUCACAAUCAUCGGCGGUACCCGAAAUCAACUUUAGGGGUGGCUUUCCUUGCGACAACACACCCUUUACCUUGAACAGCAAUCCUUCCGAUUGGUCGUAUCCCCAGAUUUUGCCAUUGGAUCCUGCAGAUCCGACGUCCCUGUGUUUCCUCCGCAUGUCAGAAGAUAGCAGUGAGAAUGCGGGUGCCUCUACUGCCUUUUUGGACCUGGUAUUUGAAGAGGACAAUGUCAAUCGCAUUUUUUCCAUGACCAUUGGAUACAGAAUUUAUGGACCUGAAGCGACCACUGGAGAUGGCAUGGCCUUUGUCAUUCACCAAGACCCACGAGGCAAGGAUGCUCUGGGGGGUGGCGGAGGAGGCUUGGCGGUCUACAGCUCGAGCAUAGAUGGGAAUUUUCUGGAAGAUGGAAUCCGUCCUGCAUUAGUCAUUGAGUUUGAUACGGUUGACAACAGCUUUGACAACCCAAACCUACUUGAUGACGGCGUUCCCAACAUCCAUGUAAUGCAGGUAGAUGGAACAGGGGCACUCACCGAGUUGGCAGAAGCACCAUCCGUGCCGAUUCUGACGGAUGAGGCAGGAACUACGUCCGGACGAAUGUGGGUUGACUAUUGCGAUGGCCGGGUCCUGAAAGUCUAUAUCAACAAUGCGGGAGAUACCAAGCCUUCGAUUCCCCAGGCUGAGGUCACUUUUGAUAUGGACAGUAUCUUUUCAGGGCAGAACUUCGUGUCUGGAUACGGCGCAGCAACUGGGUUCUUUGCCGACUAUCACGAGAUCACCUCAUGGGACCUGUCCCAGACUUGUUGA